CUUUUCUAAUAAAAUAUGUAUAAAUAAUAGUUAAAAAUGCCAAUUUAAGGAAUAAAUCAUUUGAUUGUUGAUAAUUUUUUAUAUAUUCGAUGCGGUAGUCUUAAACAAAGCUAUAAAUAAAUAUGGAUGAUGAAGACGACAUUUUAGAGAAAUUUGAUAUUAAAGAGGAAUCCAAUGAAAAUGAUGUCACAUUCGAUAAUGGAGACAAUCAACGAUCAUUUAAAUGUGAAAAAUGUUCACAAUGUUUUAUAAAAUUGACAGGCUUAAAACGACACAAAUGUCGUGAAAAAUGCAAAAUAAUUGAAUGUCACGUUUGUCAAAAGAAUUUUUUAACAAAACGUGAUUUAUCAGCACAUCUAUGGACACAUCGUGAUAAACAACCAUUUGUCUGUAAAAUAUGUUCAAAAGUUUUUGUUUGGAAAUCUGAUUUAAAAAAUCAUGAACGCAGUCAUCAAGACGAACGUUUAUAUGCCUGUGAUAAGUGUGAUAAAAAAUUUCGUACAAAUUAUCAUUUAAAUACACACAAAAUUUGUCACACGAAUAAUAAACCAUUUAAAUGUAAUAUUUGUAAAAGAAAUUUUAAUCGUCGCAAUAAUUUAAAUACUCAUAUGUUGACACAUAUGAAAGAUGGUAAACCAUAUAAUUGUGAGAUUUGUCAGCAAAAAUUUCGUCGUGCCGAUCGUCUUUCGCUUCAUAUGCAAACGCAUUCAAAAGUAAAAUUAUUACGUUGUGAAUAUUGUAAGCGUGCUUAUGAGAAUUUCAAUGAUCUCGAAUCACAUUCACUUGUGCAUAAAGAGAAAAAAUCAUCACUAAUAUGUAAAAUUUGUUCGCAAAGUUUUACAAAAAUUUCCGACAUUAUAUUACAUGAUGAAAAAUUUCAUAAUAAAAAUAAUCGUAAAUUCAAAUGUACACAAUGUGAGGAAAAAUUUCUAAAAAAAGUCUAUCUCAAUAAUCAUAUGAAAAAACAUUUUCAAAUUCUUGCUGAUAGGAAAAAAAAAUAUACGACAAAUUCAUUUGAAUGUGAUAUAUGUAAAAAUUCAUAUUCGACUUAUCGAAAUAUAAAGAGACACAUUAUUAUUCAUAUGAAAUGUAAAUAUGUAUACGAUUGUCCAAUUUGUGAGAAAAGUUUUUCAUGUCCACGUGAAAUGAAUACUCAUAUAUUGACGCACGUUGGUGGAAAACCAUUUGUUUGUGAUAUUUGUAAAAAAAGUUAUUUACAAAAACGUUAUCUUAUGUCACACAUAAGGGACGUUCAUGAGAAGAUAAAAAAAUAUUCAUGCAAUAUUUGUCAUAAAAAUUUUCUGAAAAUUGCACAAUUGCAAAAACACGAAAAUUGUGUGCAUUCAUUGAUGAAAUUAUACGAAUGUAAUUCGUGUUUAAAGAAAUUUCACGCUAAAUCCGAUCUUAUUGUUCAUGUGCGUCGUCAUUUUGAAAUACAACCAUUUGAAUGUGAUAAUUGUGAGAAAAAAUAUAAACACAAACAUUCGUUAUUGUUGCACAAAAUGAAACACAAUUCAAAAAAAAGGCGAAGUGAAAAUUCGCAAAAGGGAACAAAAAAAAUAGAAUUAGAAACUGUUAUAAAUCGUAGAGAAAAUGAAUUUUCUUCGAGCGAAAUUUGUAAUAAUGUAAAAAAAGGAAAAUGUGAAAAAAUGUUAAUUGUUGCAAUUGAACCAAAAAAUAAGGUAGACACCAAUUUAAAUUUAAAUAGCAAUAAUUAUCUCAAUAUUGUCGUGAAGGAGGAAUUUAAUAAUGAAAUCUUCGAAACUUAUGAUAUUGAAGUAGAAGAUGUUAAGAUAGAAUUAGAAGAGUAAAUUUUUUUUAUAAAUGUAAAACAUUUUGUCAAAAACAGAUUUUAUUAUUGUUAAAGAUUGUUUUUUUUUUUUUUUUUACCAAACAUGUUAGGAAAUAAAUUCCAAUAUUUGAUGAUUUUUAUAAAUAAAGAAAAACUAAAGAAAUA